CCCCGGUUCGGGAGCUCCCGGCGUGUGCCCUGGACCCGCUCCCAGGGCGGGCCACGGUGGCUCGGGCUUGCAAGGUCUCCCCUCUCAUGCCCGUUCAUUUUCCUCUCGCUUCCUUCUGCCCUCCGUACCCGUUCCCUCCCGGUGCUGAGGACCGGGACUGGGCAGGGGGACGCUGCCCGUACCUGGUUUCUCCCAGGCAGGUUCCCGUGUGUCGGCAGGUGGUUUUGCCUUGAGCAGGGACUUUGCUGAGGGGAGACUGGAGUCUGGGUACGAUCUGAGGCUACCGCCCCAGUGCUGGAGCCGUGCUGGUGACCGCUCUCCUGGGAGCAGCUGGUGCCAGCGAAGCGCCACUGCCGGCAGUGCUGGUUCACGGGCCGGUUUCCUGCCCAGCUGUGCGACACAGCCGAUUAGGAGCUGCUGUUCCACCCCAGAAGUGACUGUGCUUGGCUGUGAGGGCUUCACUCUGUAAGAUAAGGAAGGUGCCAGCGGCUGCGGCCUGGCUCGGGUGUUGUCAGAUACAACCCAUUAGCAGGAGAGCGGUGUGGGUUCUGCCAGCAGCGUCUCCUUGCUUCCCGGAAUCACCUGGAAGACAUCCCGGGUCGUCUCUCAGCAUUAGAAAUGUCCCGCUCAUCCGGCCGCAGGGGACGCAGGGAGUGCACGGCCGCCUCCAAGCCCCGCCACUGUUCCUGUGCUGGGGGCAGCACAACCCACUGAAGCCCUGAAGCCCUUAAGCUGAGUUGGUUUAGCCAAGGACAUCCUGCUGAGGCUGUGGCGUGGUGGGAGCCGAUGGGGAGUCUCUUUCUGGUGGGAUUGUGCUGACGCCAGUGUCUGCCCCACGGCUCACGGCCUCUCUUCCAGCCGUCUGCCUCAGCAGAGAGCAAAUCCCAGGGUGAGCAGCUGGCGGCACAGAUGUGUGCUCCCCCUGCUUCUGCCAGGCCGUGCACUCCCACCCCCUUCCCAGCACCUCACCGUGAGGACAGCAGCAAAACUGCACCCACCCCAGACCAGAACUGACCGAGAGCAGUGGUGUGGGUCAGACGCCUCUGGACCGUGGGGAAGAGGUAUCCUGGUGGGGAACCGUCCUGGCUGCUCCUGCCUUGCCGAGCUGCAGCACCGGUGAGAGGAUGUGGAGAGCACAGUCCUGUCCUGGCACUGUGUCCUGAGCUGGGCCCCAUCACGGCUCAGGCCUGGCCCCAGAGAGAGGGGGAUUGGGCAGUGCUGGUAAUCCCGCUGCACCCAAGGGAUUACCGCUCACUCCGGCCUGGGGAUUAAGGGAUUUCUCUAAGCGGGGUUGAUGCAGCCUCCAGCAAAGCAGCUUGUGCCUGGGGGGCCUGGCUGUCUGGGACGGGAUGGGUAUGUGAUGGCAGGGUGGGCUGUGCGAGGUGUGGGGGAUCCCCAAAGGAGGGUGGGCUGCCAGAUCUGCAGCAGGCUGGCUGUGGGGUUGCUCACCCAGGUAGUCCCUGCCCUUCUCACCACCAACCUGCAAAGUCCUGUUUUGCAAGGUGGUGUUGGCAGCCCUUUGGCAUAGGUUCCGCUGUUUUGGAAGCAUCCUGGGACCUGGCAUGUCCCUGCGCACCAGGGAACGCUGCCAGGGGAGCUGCUGCUGAUAGCCCAGCCCCUUCCCUUGCACACUGUGGGGUCAGUGUGGGCAAGUUGCUGGGCCCAACUUGGGGAACAACUCUUCCACAGAGCUCAGGGAUGGACUCCCAGGUCACAGGCAGAGAGAGUGCAGGGUAGUAUCAGGCUUGGAGAGCAGAGCCAGUUGUCCAGUUCCUCUCCUGAGGUGUUUGGAGCAGAGAACAAUGAGCCCUGCUGCUGACACUUGCAAUCAUAUCAGGACUGUAGCUAUGGUUUGUAAGCGUCCCAUCUCGCCUGGACAGGGCGCAAGGACUGAGCCAGGCCUCCAGGUCACUGUGUGUGGGAGAGGCCACCUGGCCCUGCCUCAUCCCAGUCACAGCACCCACGUGCCAGUGUCACACAGGGCUUUCUCCAGAUGCCAGUCCAGGCCCAGGCAGGCGCUUGCACGGCACGUGCCCAGCUCAGCCUCCCCUGUGCCCCUGGCUCCCUUUGCCCGCCCUUUUGCCUCCUGGUGAUGUGGCAACCACUGCUCUGGCCCCUGGGAAAGGGGAAAUGGUGUUGAAAACAGAAGGUCAGUCACAUCAGCAGUGAGUGCCUGGCUGCCCUCGCAGUCCUGUCAGCUGCACUUCUCCACUCUCUCUCCUCCUCUCUGCAGUCACACUGCUCCCGGGAUCAGGGACUGCUCCUGCCUGCCAGGGUGCCCUUCCCCAUUGCCUGCCCUGUCUGGGUUUCUGCUUGCCCCGCUCAAGUUACUCCUGGCUCAGCGAUCCCAGUGGAUGCAGGGCUGGGUGAGCAGAGCUGUCGAGCUGCUCCUGCCCUGACAGGCCCUGGGGUUUGUUACUCAUGGCCGUGCCCUCUGCUCAAGAUCGCUCCUGCUUUGAGGAAAGGAGCUGUCAGUCCGGUUUGGGUUUGCUCCGUGCCUGUGGGGUUGGAGGGUGGGAGGGUUGUGCAUUUCCCCAGCUCCACAGCUAUCCCUCAGCCAGGAAUCUCAGGGCAAGACCCUCCAGUUCCUGCUGCUCCCCACACACCAGGGCCACAGCAGAGCGGGCAGUAUCUGUGGGGCAUGGCCGGGGCUUGGUGCAUGCUCGUGCUGGCACCCAGGGUUGGCUGAGCCUGUCGGGCUGGGUCAGGGCUGGGGCUUGGGCGCUGCGCCCCAGGAGCGGGGGCCGUGGUGGCACCCCCACACUCGCACCGCCGCGCUUCUCUGGGUGCACCUUCCUUCAUGCGGCGCUCGUUGCUAUGCGACCGCCGGCUCCUGAUGCUUAAUGCUCUAAUACGGAGGGAUAAAACCACUCUAAAAAUACCCCGCUGCCGGCCCCCCGCGGGGGCAAGGGGGCUGCCGGGGGGCAGGCGGCCUGGGCAGGGGGGCUGCUGGGAAGUUCCGAAACUCCUUGUCCUCUGAGUGGCUUUGAGCUGCCCGCUGGGGCUCCAGCAGUGGCACGGACUGGUGUGCCGGAGCGGCGGGGAUUGGCUGGGGCUGGCGCGUGGGCUCCUGCGGCUGGAGCUCCCCUACCAGAGCCAGCUUCAUCCAGAACUGGGAGUGCUCCGGCUCCCCUGCUUGCGCCCUGCCUGACACUGCUGGGGAGCUGCCCCAGGUACUGGCUACCUGCCGAGUACUGGGGAGCCCCCUGCUCAGCCACACGCACCUGCCUGGUCUCUGCCUGCUCCUGCCCGACCUCUGGCUGUCGCUGCCUUGCCCUCCCGGAGCUGGUGGCAUCCUGCGUGGGACCCCCGACAUGGGGACAGUCAGCGAGCUCUGCGCCUCCAGUUUCCAGGCGUUCCUCUGCCCCUCGGUGGCUGCCAAGGCAGUGCCCAGUGACCUGACCCCAGAGGAGUGCCAGGAGCUGGAAAACAUCCGCCGCCGAAAGCAGGAGCUGCUGGCUGACAUACAGCGCCUGAAGGAUGAGAUAGCAGAAGUGACGAAUGAGAUCGAGAACUUGGGCUCCACGGAGGAGAGGAAAAACAUGCAGAGGAACAAGCAGGUGGCCAUGGGCAGGAAGAAGUUCAACAUGGAUCCCAAGAAGGGCAUCCAGUUCCUGAUUGAGAACGACCUGCUGAAGAACACGUGCGAGGACAUUGCUCAGUUCCUGUACAAGGGAGAGGGCCUCAACAAGACAGCCAUCGGCGACUACCUGGGAGAGAGGGAUGAGUUCAACAUCCAAGUCCUGCAUGCCUUUGUGGAGCUGCACGAAUUCACCGACCUCAACCUUGUGCAGGCCCUGCGGCAGUUCCUGUGGAGCUUCCGGCUGCCAGGGGAGGCACAGAAGAUUGACCGGAUGAUGGAGGCCUUUGCCCAGCGGUACUGCCAGUGCAACCCUGGUGUCUUCCAGUCCACAGACACCUGCUAUGUGCUGUCCUUUGCCAUCAUCAUGCUGAACACGAGCCUGCACAAUCCCAACGUGAAGGACAAGCCCACGGCAGAGCGAUUCAUCGCCAUGAACCGCGGCAUCAAUGACGGGGGGGACCUGCCUGAGGAGCUGCUCCAGAAUCUGUACGAGAGCAUCAAGAAUGAGCCCUUCAAAAUCCCCGAGGACGACGGCAAUGACCUCACCCACACCUUCUUCAACCCUGACCGGGAGGGCUGGCUCCUGAAGCUUGGAGGCAGGGUGAAGACGUGGAAGCGGCGCUGGUUCAUCCUGACUGACAACUGCCUUUACUACUUCGAGUACACGACGGAUAAGGAGCCCCGUGGCAUCAUCCCCUUGGAGAACCUGAGCAUCCGUGAGGUGGAGGACUCAAAGAAGCCCAACUGCUUUGAGCUCUACAUCCCUGACAACAAGGACCAGGUGAUCAAGGCCUGCAAGACAGAGGCAGAUGGGCGUGUGGUGGAGGGGAACCACACCGUGUAUCGCAUCUCUGCCCCCACACCCGAGGAGAAGGAGGAGUGGAUCAAGUGCAUCAAGGCAGCCAUCAGCCGAGACCCCUUCUACGAGAUGCUGGCUGCCAGGAAGAAGAAGGUCUCCUCCACCAAGAGGCACUAGCAGCCAGACUGGCCCUGUGAGGCCAGCGUGCCCCUGUAGCAGCCCCAGUGUCCCCCCGUCAUGGGGGCACGUGGGGCGGGGGCCGUGCUGCAGGCUGGCCCUCGCGGCCCAGGGCCCAGCUUCAGCUUAGCCAUUUCUUUACUGUGGGGGGAGGGAAGGGGCGCGGGUAUCAUCUGGCCCCCCGUCACUGCCUCAUCGCCGGACAGCGUCUUCCCAGGCUCAAGCUGGAACACAGCACCCCUGUGCACCCCUGGGAGCCCUGGCCUCGGCACCACGGCUGCCCUCCCUGUCUCUGACCCCCCUGUGACCACAUGGCCCUGGGUCCCCCCAGCACCCAUGUUCAGACAUUCUUGGGGUGUUCCGUCGGGGGGGAGCAGCUGUCGGUGAGCAGCUGGCGGCUUUGGGGUGCCACAGGAGCAGGGUGUCAGCCCCAGGGGGGCCCUGCAGAGAUACAGCUCCCAGCCCUCGUUGUAGCGGGCCUGGGUCUGUCCUAGGCGUCCCCACGCCGCUGCCUUGGACCCUCCCAGCCACCCCUGCACUGGAAUGGACGAAGGGCAGGGACUGCUGAUGAGCUGUGGUGCCACACAGGGCACAGAUGUGCCCUCACCCAGCUGUGCGAGUUGUGGCUUGGAUGUGGUGGCACUGGAUGGCAUUUCCCCAGCGCGUCCUCGUGUCAUGGCCCUCGUGCCAGGGUGCCACGGUGGGACACGUCCAAAGCUGGAGCCUGCCCUCGGGAUGGCUGCUGGUGGGGAUCUCUGCCUCACAAUCGCCCGUGUCUUGUCCUGUCCCCAUCCCCAUGCACAGUCUGGAGGUGCCUGGAUCAGUAUUAGUCUAUUUAUCAGAGGUGUAAAUACUCCUGUAUAGUUUUCUCCUUGUAGAUUAUUUUGUAUGUGGGUGGUUCAGUGCAAAGGCCUCACAGGAGUGGGACAGGGGGGCAGGAUUUUUUUAUUCUAACCUCUUUUUUUUUUUUUUUUUAAUUUGCCAUGGCCUUGUAAACUAGCGCU